AUGUGUCAAGUUUCAUUGUGGUUGCUGUCACUGGCACUCCCGAUGCUAAUUUUCACACCACACACGCACUCCAGCCCCUGGGUCCGGCGCAAUGAUCGUGCGAGCACGCACCCCGAUCGAUUAUCGCACGAGACGGACGUCGAGCUGUGGACGCAACUGAUCGCGUACACUCGCUGCCCGCACGUGGUGCUACUGGAUGGCUUCGCGUUCUUCGCCAAUCGGCCAACGUUUGCCCGGCGACUGUUUGCACGGUUGACAGCGAUUGGCGUAAGGGUGUCAGUGCGACGUCACCUGCGUGCUUCCGAGCGGCUCCCACUGGCAACGCACCGGCUAGCGAUUAUCGUUCCGAUCGUAAUGAAGCCAUCAAAGACCGAUGAGCUGGGGAAACUUUUCGACCAGAUCGCUCAGAAAUCCAACUUUGUCGAAUUCUAUCGGUGGAUGUUUUUGUUCCUAUUUGCCCGUGAGAAAAACCUUUGCCUUGCCCUUCAACCACUACCGAUACAGGCAGGCUCGAACGUGUACUGUGCGAUCGUUGGGAACGGGCAGGCGCUUCCCUUCGACCAUCCGAUUCACCUUGAGCGGAAGCUGAUGUCUCUAGAUCGAUACGUACGGCGCAUGCAAAUGAUGGCGAUCCACCCGGAAGUAUCGAACCGAACGGUGGCAACGCUGGCCCUACCCGGUCCGCACACCCCGGCCAGGCUUGCCGUGUGGCAACUGUAUCGGCUGGAGACACGCACGAACACGAUCGACGUUGCGGUCGAGUUGGUGGAGACAACCGAUAAGGGACGGAUGGUUCUGCAUCAGGCACUAAUACCCGAGCAGCGGAAUGACUUCUUCGACCGAGCGGAGAUCACGCUCAUGGUGUACGGCUGCCAGGUGAGGCAUAUUAACUCUACCUACGUUGCCCAAAGCAUGCCAUUGUUUCGUAAUGCAAGAAUCCGGACCGAAACGUACAAGCUUGGUCGGAGGCUAACGGGGACUGAUUUUCACUUUCUGCUAACCAUGACUCAACCCUUGAACAAACGUCUGCAAGGGUCGUUCGCUUACUCCCAUCCGAUUUUUCACGAUCACCUCACAAUAUACAUACACCGAGCGAAUGUGGGCUAUCAAGAGCGAUCGUCAAAAAUGUUAAUCGUUAUUCUGCUACCGAUUUCCCUGCUGGGCAUCAUACUGUGCCUAUCCAUACAGUUGGUUCUAAACGUCACAAACGCUCGUCGAGCGAGCGGCCGAAUCGGCGGUCCCACCGUUUCGAUUGCCGAUGUGCUCAUUUGGCUCGUUGGCGUGUUUGCACAGCAAGGCAGCUCGCUCCAUCCGAACUCUUCCUCCAGCAUGAUCAUCGUACUGGUGGCACUGUACUUUUCCUCCAUCAUGUACUGCACCUACCUGACGGAGAUCACCUCCCAGCUGUCGGUGGACGUUGACUCGGUGCACGAUCUGCAAACGUUACUGGUGGCCAAAGAGUAUCGCAUCGGUUUUGUCGGAAACUUUACGACCGAUCAAACUUUUAUCGGGAAACGCUACGAUCCAGUCAUUAAUGAGGUAAUGCAACGAAUGCAGCACGACAAGUCGCUGUACGUGUUUUCACACGAGGACGGACUGCACCGCGUGCUUACCUCGAAGUAUGUGCUCAUUGGCAAUCCGGGAACGGUGCGUAUAGCGAUGCAAAAGCUGCCCGAGAAGCAAAACUGUAUCAUCACCGAAAUCAGUCUGAAGGGAAUUGAACAUAUGGUUGCACUGAAAAUACCACACUCCAAUGCGUACCGUAAAAUGAUCAACUACGAAAUCUUACGGUACUACUCGAACGGCAUAAACAGCCGGAUAGGAGCAGCUAUUAUUCCGCCCCGAAGUAAAUGUAUUAAACAAAAGCAAUUUCAUCGAAUCUCCACCUACAGUACAACAUUUCAGCUGCUUCUGUUUAUGUCGGGUGCUGCAUUAGCGGUGCUUUUGUUGGGGCUAGAGUUAAUGUUUUAUUACGUUCGGAAGUAGGAAACCGAAUUCACUCCACAAGGAUUACGAGGCGGUAGCUAGGCACAUGGUAACGUUUGCGUGUACUAUGCAAACGUUACGUGUAACGAUGCUUUUAAAAGUAUUAAAAAUACAGUGAUCGGCAAAAUUAAGAGUCCACUUGUUUCUUUAUUUGGUAAAAGACUCGAGAAGGCCCCCCCUAGAAUCUUUUGUGUGCAGC